CCUCCUAAGCCACCGAAACCUAAUACUGUAACUAACAACAGCAUGAAUAACAACAUGUCAUUACAAGAUGCUGAAUGGUACUGGGGAGAUAUCUCAAGAGAAGAAGUAAAUGAGAAGCUUUGAGAUACUGCUGAUGGUACCUUUUUGGUAUGAGAUGCUUCAACCAAAAUGCAUGGGGACUACACACUUACGCUAAGGAAAGGAGGAAAUAACAAAUUAAUCAAAAUAUUUCACCAAGAUGGGAAAUAUGGCUUUUCUGACCCAUUAACUUUCAGCUUUGUGGUUGAGCUAAUAAACCACUACCAGAAUGAAUCUCUAGCCCAGUAUAAUCCUAAACUGGAUGUAAAAUUGCUGUAUCCAGUAUCUAUGUACCAGCAGGAUCAAGUUGUGAAAGAGGAUAGCAUUGAAACACUGGGAAAGAAAUUACAUUAAUAUAAUACCCAGUUUCAAGAAAAAAGCCGAGAAUAUGACAGACUCUAUGAAGACUACACAAGAACAUCUCAGGACAUUCAAAUGAAAAGAACAGCUAUUGAAGCAUUUAAUGAAACAAUAAAAAUAUUUGAAGAGCAGUGCCAGAUGCAAGAAAGAUACAGUAAGGAAUACAUUGAAAAAUUUAAAUGGGAAGGAAAUGAAAAAGAAAUACAAAGAAUUAUGCACAACUAUAAAAAACUGAAGUCUUGAAUAAGUGAAAUUGUGGACAGCAGGCGUAGAUUAGAAGAGGAUUUAAAGAAGCAAACAGCUGAAUAUAGAGAGAUAGACAAGCAUAUGAACAGCAUUAAGCCAGACCUCAUACAGCUGAGGAAAACAAGAGAUCAGUACUUGAUGUGGCUGACUCAAAAAGGUGUUCGGCAAAAGAAACUAAAUGAAUGGCUUGGAAAUGAAAAUACAGAAGA